UGUGGUGGAGGAAAAUUUUCCUCAUGAUGGAACACAUUCUGUGGGGUUGGUUUUCGCUUGUGGGUCAACUUGAAAUUACUUCAAGAUGCAGUGAACUUUGGGUGCAAAAACUAGUGCCUGGAGGGAAACAUGGUUCACUCAACUGUAUGCAUGCAAGCUGACUCGAAGAAAUAAUUGAUUUUGAUGAAAAAUCUGCCAGCGAAAAAAAACUGCACGGAAUACAAGUGGGGGGCAUGCAGAAGUGAUGAAAAUUAUUCGUUUGUUCUGCGGAUCGAAACGGAGGCCAGUUGGGUAGUGCAGAUUAGUUAGAGUCUACAGUAGCGAAUUGCCGUAGGCUUGUGUGGAGCUUUUGGGCAUUUUUUUCUUCUUCUGGAUGUGAAGCUCAUAUUUGAUCAAGUGGCAUUUAUUGAGUAUUAAUAGUAAACGAAGACAAAAUCGUAUCGAAGUGAUGUUUCUUUGUGCACAGUUAUAUGGAGAAGAUUCGUGUGUCUUGUAUCUUCCUCUGUGUCUAACAUUUCGGCUGUGGAUCGCUGCACGCGUGUCAGUGUGGAAGUGUUACAGUACAACACUACAGUCAUAGCAGCAACGACAUAUGGAACAUGUUUAUAAAUUUGAUAGCUUACAAAUGAACAUCUGACGGCAUGGUUAAAAUGGCCGCAACCGAGGAGCAAGAUAGGAAAAUAGUACUGGAGUUCUGCCACCUGUUGGAGAAGUCGAAGCAACUGUUCAACGGUCUGCGCGAUCUCCCUCAGUACGGACACCGACAGUGGCAGGCAUACUUUGGGCGUACCUUCGACGUGUACACGAAGCUGUGGAAGUUCCAGCAGCAACAUAGAUUAGUUCUAGAUUCUAAGUACGGAUUAAAGCGAUGGCAAAUCGGUGAAAUAGCUAGUAAAAUCGGACAACUCUACUAUCAUUACUAUCUUAGGACGAGUGAAACAAAUUAUCUUAAUGAGGCAUAUUCGUUUUAUGCCGCGAUCAGGGGACGUGCGUACUACUCCCGAGCAAUCAAGGAAGACCGACCGGAUCUGAUGGUUAAGAAAUUACGUUACUAUGCUAGAUUUAUUGUUGUUUGUUUACUGUUGAAAAAGAUGAAGUUAGUGAGAGAAUUAGUCAUGGAAUUAGAGCGUCAAAUACAAGAGUACACGACGACGUACGAACCGGAGGACCAACUCGAAUGGUCGCUGGUGCUGGAUGAAAUCAAGGGAUUUAUCAAGGCGGAAGCGGCCGUGGCAGUGCUCCACGCGGACUCGAAUCCGAUCGUUCUGUCGCACAGGUUAGUUGUUCACCAGUGUAGCAGUAUGUAGUAUAGAUUAGGCCCGUGCUUCCGAUUAUUAUUGUUCUCAAUUUCCUUCUUCCGUUUCUGUAAUUUCUGUUCGGUUGUAAUUUGGUUGGUGGAUUAUAUUAUAUUAUACAUAUAUUUUAUGGAUUCGAAAAGACACCGGAGCAAGUAUUUUACUGUAUGAAAUUUGCUAUACAGCAAGAAACUUUGCAUUUCUUACGAAGCCGUUUGCACGAGAAAAGUUUCGGGGGGCUUGAGCCCCUCCUGGAAAGAAUACGCUAAAUUUAGACUAAACAUGGAAUGUUUCAACUCAAGGAUUAAAAGACAGACAUUAGUUGCCACAGUCGGAAAUUCGAUAUUUAUCAGAGUGCUUAAGCGCAAUUAGUAAAAAAUGGUUUAAAAUUAAUGAAUAAAUUAUUGAAUAUGGCGUAGAACAACAUUAUGAAAUAUAUACGAAAUUUGGCAGGAUGCCAUGAACAAAAAAAAAACACUUCCAGAGAGAGUAAAAAUCAUCACCAUUAGUAAUAUACUAUAAAAAUUGGAGUCUGCACAGAGAAGUUUAGAAUAUUGAGGUGCUUUCAAAAGUAAGUAAGAAAACAGAGAGAUUUCAUUGCAACGAUUGUCGGUCUCAAAAUUAUGGGACAGUGUGUAACUAAUAAAAAAUUGGUGAAAUAGGCGUCUUCAGUGAGGGUUCAUUUUUUGGAACAACUUUAUAUUUGAUUUGCAUCAGCAAAACCAAACGGCAAAUUCGAUUCUUGAAGCGGGCGUGCUGUGCACGACUGUGUAUUUAUUAAUACUAAAACUUAGUUACUUAAUUUUCAAGCCACAUAAUCCCUACUAAGAAUGAAAAGUAAUGCUUUAUCCUUUGUUUUAGAUACAAUCUACCAUCACACCAACACUAAAAAUCUUUUCUAUUUGAGACUCGUAAAAAAGCUAGAAAAGCUGUAGCUUCGUACACUUUGAAAUACUUGCUCCUUUUAUUUGUAUUUAUUGAAAGAUAUUUUCGCAAAGGCUGGGUAAUCUACGAAAGCUCUUCGGUCAAGUCCAUUUUGCCGUUCAUUUUACAAUUUUGUUCGUAAAUAAAUGUCGAAUCAAAACGGCAAUAAUGUUCAACUUAGCUAAUUGCAAUACAAAUUAUCAAAGCAUUAGCCAGUUUUGCUAGAUUACCCAACCCUCGAUCAUCCACUUUUGUUUGUUACUGGAAUUACAGAACGCAAUUUGUUUUGGCUCAAAACGGUAACAAACGGUUCGUUAUUUCACAACAUCACGAUAGAAGUUGGUCAAAAUUUUGCUUUCGGAAACUGUGUAGAUGCAAUUCGGCUUUGAAGGUAUUGUGAACUGGCGACAUUGAUUGGCUUACGGAAUAAAAUUUAAGCGAAGCGUAAUUUAUAAGAAUAUUAGUGUCAGCUUAUCGGUAGCAUCAUUGGUUGUGUUGUACAUACUUCGCGAAUGUUGUUUUUUUUUUCUUUCCGUUAUUAGUACUUUAGUUUACAUAGUGGUUACAAAUGUUUAGUUUUGUCAUCAUUAAGUUUAUCGUGAAACCUUCCUAAUUUUUUGGAACGGUUUAAUUGUUUUGUAUUUCUUUAUGUUUUGCUAUCGCUGUAUCUCUAUACUCACAUGUCUUCCAAUCUAUACUACAGAACACUUCACUUAAAAGUAAAUUGAACGACUAUGUACGUUUGCAUAGCCUCUGUUGCAUUUCUCUAGUUUACUUUCUAAUAAGUUAGUCUAAAUAUAUACCCUGUCAGAGUGUGUUUCUUUUUGCUUUCGAAUUUUUCUAAUUCGUCGUUUUAGCUUUUGAUUAUUGUAGUUGCUUUGUUCUAUUUUUUUUCUCAACCAAGAAGAAUGUACCCGAGAGCAAAUUAGUUUUAAGGAUUUUAGUUUUAAGUCCGUACGAGCAAAAGUUUGCUGUUUUUGUGUGGAUUGGUCCAUCAGCGAAAGAUGCUUGCUCGUACGCUUCUAGAUGCUUAAGUAAUUUUAGUUUAAGAUUAAGACGUGGAAAAUUGGCCCGUUCAUUCAUUUGCUCAUUAGCCUCAUCAUCGAUCAUCAAAUCUUGUGACGUGGUCA